AUGCUAGUUGUGACAUGGUAUGGUUUUCUGACGGCGGUGAUAUUCCAGGAAGAGACUGGUGAAAGGGGUUUUAAUAUUUGGAUGACAAGCAGCGGUGGUUUGGUAGAUGAUGGUCUGUCAAGUGGUGGUGGUCCGACGAUGGUGGUCGGCAGGAGGUUUUAUCAACUGAAAAUGGUACUUUGUAUGUGGAAUUUACGUUGUCCUCAUACGAUUGCACCCGACCUUGAUAAAGAUUACAAUGGUCACGACAAUUUCUUCACUUUAAAAAUACAUCAUGGUGGAUUUUUUUCAAAGUUCCCAGGAAGAAAGUACGUUGAGGGAAGGUUGGCAUUCUAUGACUUUGUUGACACUGAUCUUUUUUCAGUUCAUGAUCUAAAUGACAUGAUUCGUGAGAUAGGGUAUUCUGCGGAUGACACAAUGUACUAUCAUUAUAGAAUUCCUAAUCUAGACUUAGAUUUUGGAUUGAAGGCUCUAGGAAAUGAUCAAGACGUUAUUUCUAUGACUCAAUUUGUGCCUCAAAACAGAGUGAUUAAUGUGUACGCUGAACAUGGUUCUACAAGACUUCAUACUUACUUCAUGUCCCCAAGUAAAGUUGUUAUUGAGCAACUGGAUGAUGAUCCUUCUCCUGAGCUUAAUAGGAUUAGGCCUAAGAAGAAGGGAAUUGGUUCGUGUAGCAAGAAAUUAGACAUGAAUGUCCCAUUUAUAGAAUCAGCUAAUCAAGCUCAGAAAGAAGAUGGUGUGUAUGAUUUUUCCAUGUCCCUAGUUCCUUUUGAGCCAAACAAACAAGACAUGGUUAAUGAGUUUAAGGAUGAUUCGUAUUUCCCUGUACCAGAAGAAACUGAUACAAUGCAAGAAAUUACAGUUGAUAUUAAUUGCCAGAAUCAUAGGGAAAUGCUAGAUGAUUUUGAGCCUUUUAGUAGUGAUGGAUAUCAGAAUAUAGGUGAGUUUGAAAGAGAGGUUGAAGCUGAAGAAGAAGAAGAUGAAGAAGGGCAUGCAGAGGAUUCAAAAGAUGAUCCAGAAGAGCAUACAAAAGAAGAUGAUGAUUCUGACUACAUUGUUGACCCAGAAGCUAUUUUAGAUGACUGGGAGGUUGAUAUGAGAGAGUUUCACAGUUGUGUGGAUGAGGUUGAAUGGUUUGGACAAGGUCCAAACAUAGAAUUAGAUUUAAAUCAAGAUGAUGAUUUAGGUGUGAUCAACAAUGAUGAGUUUGAAAGUGUAGGAUAUGAGGAAGACCUAAGGAAGAGAAUGUUAAAAAACCUGAACAAGAAGGUGCCUUGUUCUUCCGGGGUAGUUCAUGUUACACCAUUUUUUGUGGGUCAAGCUUUUAAAACCAAAAAAGAUAUACAAGGUCACAUGAAGAUGCUUUCAAUAAAAACAAGGAUGGCCCUAUACAUGGCAAAAAAAUGA